UCUACCAAAGCAAGGCCGGCCUUCUUCUCGCUCGACUGACCCCAGCUCACACCUUCCCUGCUUGCCACUCUCACGGUCUCACCACCACAAGCUGGUCGAGCUCAGCCAGCUCUCCUCGAGCGACCCCAGCUUCCACUCGAAGCUCCUAACUGCUGCUAGCCAACCUUGUCUUGUCUCCAGCUGUAGCUUAGCUACACUCUCUCACUCUCUCUACAUGGCGUCAGGAGAAGCAGAGCCGCUGCAGUACACGACCACGGUGCUGCGGGUGUCCAUCCACUGCGAGGGCUGCAAGAAGAAGGUCAAGAAGGUGCUCCAUAGCAUCGAAGGGGUUUACAAGGUGACGAUCGACGCGGCGCAGCACAAGGUGACGGUGACCGGCAGCGUGGGCGCCGACGCGCUCGUCCGCCGCCUGCUCAAGUCCGGCAAGCAGGCCGCGCUCUGGCCGGUGCCUGCCCCGCCGCCCGCCGCCGAGGCCAAGAAGCCCGAGCAGGCGGAGGCGGAGGCUCCCCCGUCAGCCGAGGCCAAGAAGCUGGAACCGGAGCCGGAGCCGAAGGAGGCAGCGCCGGAGACCUUGGAGAAGAAGCUGGGGAAGGAGAAGGGUUCAGAGCAGAAAGGAGAGAAAGCAGAGGCGAAGAAGCCCAAGGACAAGAUUGAGGCUUCUGAGAAGAAGGAGAAGCCCUCACCGCCAGCGCCUGAACCGGCCAAAGCCGCCGCCGUCGCUGAAGAGGAUGAGACGCCUGCAGGGGGCAAGAAGGGGAAUAAGCAGAAGAAGGCGAACAAGCAGAAGGACGAGGAGAAGCCCGCACAGCCGCAGCCGAAGCAGAAGCAGAAGCCACAGCAAGAGCAGGGGAUGCCGCUCGCGGCGCCGGAGCGCGCGCACGGGCACGGGCACGGCGGCGGGCUGCCGUACUACGCGGCGCCGGCGGCCGUGAUGAGCUACCACGUGGCGCACCCGGGCGCGGCCAGCGUGUCCUGCUACGCGCCCACGCCGGUCUUGGCCGCGCCGCCAUUCCCGCCGCCGCCGCAGCAGGUGUCCUACGGGUACCCGCCGUACCCGUAUCCGUACCCGCCGGCGCCGAUGAUGGCGCCGCCGCCGGAGUUCGUGUACGGCCCGCCGGGCAUCCGGGCGUCGCCGCCGCGGGAGUCGUAUGACAACGCGUUCAACGAGGAGAACCCGAAUUCCUGUAGCCUCAUGUGACGGCGCCAUUGCCGCCGGCUCACCGGACGCCCGUCAGAGUUAUUGUAGUUAAAGGAGGAGGCUCCGUAAUAGAAGGCUCCUUAAUUGUCUUGGUUACUGCUAGUAGGUUCUGCGACCACUGGUUAAUUAGGCGGUCAAAUCUCUUGUUGACCGGACUUUUUUUUCCCUCGAAACAUUGCUGUUUAAUUAGUUUGUUUUGUCAUGUAAUGAGAUGAGUAUUUUAGGCAGAGUGGAGUGGACUGGAGGAGUACUGCCAUUGAUGUCCUCUCUUUUGGCUACACUAGUUUGGUUUAAUGGUUUUCAAUUUGAAUA